AUGACCCAAGCCCGUGGAUUCUCUUGGGGCUGCAGUGGUGUGCGGGCGGCGGCAGGCCCCUCGGAUCUGGUGGCAUGCACAAGCGAUCCGAAAUAUGAAAAUCUGGCCCCUACACCAUAUUCCGGUGCCCUACGUACGGCUGUACGGCCUUUUGCGAGCUACCAGGGGCAGAAGGUCACAUCAGAUCAACUCCUCAAGAAGAAUGAUGACUGGCUCAUUGAGGAAACGAACUUCUGCCUGGGGCGCGUUGCUCCCAUUCGGUUCAAAGAGACAGAUGACUUCGCACAUCGUGUGCUACACCUGAUGGAUGCACAGCUCGGGAAGAUGCAUACCCGCUUGAGAGAUGGCACUUGCAUUCCCGUCAUGGGUCUCUAUAUCCCUUGUAUCAUGGAUAAGCCAACGCCCCUUCAUCAGUGCCUGGAAACGCCUCUUCUCAAGUACACGUGGGAUGAGACGUACACUGAGGCGUACGACAACUAG